CGAAUCUUCGAAGUGCGUCUUCAGGUACAACUGUGGGAGGACCACCUUUUCCUAGUACAACUGUGGGAGGAUCCUCUCCACCCGACCGCAGAGUCUUGAAGAAACGUCUGUUGCGAAACCUAUAUCGGGACCCUAUUUUCUUUGCGUUUCCGAAAGCCGAGAACAAAGAUCGCAUGGUGGCUUCUCUGGCGAUUCAAGGGUUGGACGAGGUUGGACGCCGCUUGGAGUUAUGGACCAGCAAGAUCUAAUGUGUAACUGCUGGAGAAUGAACGGAGCAUCCAAAUCUCUCUGACUUUGAUUCACCUCCACAAUAUUAGGUCUAUCCCGUGCAACAAUAUAUGACUUUGAUUCUAACCCAAGCCGCGACUUUACUGAGGGAUUUUGAUCAGUGGGAGAAGCGAGAACAGUGGAAAAAAGAGCUGGAAGGGAUGCGAUUGGAACGAAAGAUAGAAGAGGAUCAGCAGAGCCUGAUCUCGAGCUUCAUCGGGAGUCAUAGAGGCAGAGGCCAUCAACAUCGUUUUGGAAGAGCACGGCGUGAAAUAGGAUCGAAUUAAGGCAACAAAAGGCGCUGACGCAUCCUUAGAAGUAUCAUGAUGAUCCUUGAUGGUAGUUCUUUUUUUUCUAUAGUUGAAAAGCGGAGAGGUGGUUUAGGCCCAGCGGCGCUCAAAGCACUAAAUAAAACAACCGGUUAGUUUUUACCUCUAGCGUGUAGCCCUUCAAAGAGUCGAUAGUUGAAAAGCGGAAGAUGUGAGCGCGGCAGUUCUAAUCAAAGCAACUACAUGCUGGAGGAGGUGCAUCGAAGCAAACUGCCCUUUCUAGUCUAGCAUCAGAGCAGACAGCCCUAGGCAUGACAGCGUCAAAGCAGAUCGCAAGUCGAUCUGGUGUGCCUUCCAAAGAAAGCAGACAGCUUGGAUCCAAGCAGACGGUUACAUCUUCUCCGUCAAAACAGACAGUGCUUUCUCCGUUGAAGCAACUAGUUGUAGAGGGAGGUGCUGUUGUUUCGCCAUCGUCGAAGCAAAGUGCUGGUUAUCACCAGUCUUCAGGAUCAAAGCAAAUUGUAGCCCUUCAAGUACAACACCAUUCUGCAAGCAAACAAACGGUCCUAUCGUCCCAUGGCGCAGCAUCAACUUUGCAUGGCUUAGACCAGCAAAAUAACUAUGGAGAUUUUCACGGUCAGGACGUGCCACUUCUUGGCUCGUGGUAUGACCGUUCGGUCCUUCGAUUUGCGGCGUCGCCGUCGAGUGCACAAACUUGCUUUGAAACGGUAGCUAGAGUGGCGGCUGCUGUCGAGCGACGGCACAGUACCGACUACGUCGCUUUAGAUGUGACGAUUGAUAAUACGACACCUUCCACCUCCUCUCGGAGUCAACAAGGUGGAUCAGAUAACCCUACGACCACCGCCUCCUUCGCAAGACAACACCCCAAUAGCCUCC